CGGGAGGAGCUGGGGAACACCGGGCGCCUCUCGCGGAGGUGCACGCCAAGUUCUCGGGUGAGUGUGCACGCGUGUGAGCUGGCCCAGGGCGCACGGGCGGGCGUGAGCGCGAGCACACGUGUCGAGUGUGCACUCGCGUGCGUUCUGGGGCCCGUGUCUGGCCCUCUGCGCCCCGCGCCCCUCCCGACCGCCCGCAGCAGCUCCCGCCACUCCCGCCCCGCGCCGCUUCUCGCUCGGUUCUCACCCGCCGCGCCGCAGUCGCCGCCGCCGCCCAGCCUGCGCCCACGGGCCGCCCGUGCCGGGCACCUGUUGGAGGUUCAGGGACAGGUGCGGGGGCUGGACCGGUCAAGGGAGCGCGGGAAGGGAGGGCAGUGAGGUUCCUACAGACCCCAGUCGGCCAAUCCAGCUCUACACCCGUCUCCCAGCCAGAGGUGCUGCAUGAGGGGCCGCAGGGGCGAUCGCAUGACCAUCAACAUCCAGGAGCACAUGGCCAUCAACGUGUGCCCUGGACCCAUCAGGCCCAUCCGCCAGAUCUCCGACUACUUCCCUCGCAGGGGGCCAGGACCAGAGGGUGGCGGCGGCGGCAGGGGCUGCGGGGAAGCCCCAGCUCAUCUGGCCCCUCUGGCUCUGGCCCCCCCUGCGGCUCUCCUUGGGGCCACUACACCCGAUGAUGGAGCUGAGGUAGACAGCUACGACUCGGAUGAUACCACUGCCCUGGGCACGCUGGAAUUUGACCUUCUCUAUGAUCAGGCUUCCUGCAUGCUGCACUGUAGAGUCCUCAGGGCCAAGGGCCUCAAGCCCAUGGAUUUCAAUGGCCUGGCUGACCCCUAUGUAAAGCUGCACCUCCUGCCAGGAGCCUGUAAGGCCAAUAAGCUAAAAACCAAGACACAGAGGAACACACUGAACCCCGUGUGGAAUGAGGAGCUGACGUACAGUGGGAUCACAGAUGAUGACAUCACCCACAAGGUGCUCAGGAUCUCUGUCUGUGAUGAGGACAAGCUGAGCCACAAUGAAUUUAUUGGGGAGAUCCGAGUGCCCCUCCGCCGCCUCAAGCCUUCACAGAAGAAGCAUUUUAACAUCUGCCUUGAGCGCCAGGUCCCGCUUCCUUCACCCUCUUCAAUGUCUGCGGCACUGAGGGGCAUAUCCUGUUACCUGAAGGAGCUAGAGCAGGCAGAGCAGGGACCUGGGCUGCUGGAAGAGCGAGGGCGUAUCCUGCUGAGCCUCAGCUACAGCUCUAGGCGGCAUGGGCUGCUGGUGGGCAUUGUUCGAUGUGCUCACCUGGCUGCAAUGGAUGUUAACGGCUACUCUGACCCUUAUGUGAAGACGUACUUGAGACCGGAUGUGGAUAAGAAAUCCAAGCAUAAAACGUGUGUAAAGAAGAAGACGCUAAACCCGGAAUUUAAUGAGGAAUUCUUCUAUGAGAUGGAACUCUCCACUCUGGCCACUAAGACCCUGGAAGUCACAGUCUGGGACUACGACAUAGGCAAAUCCAAUGACUUCAUAGGUGGUGUGUCUCUGGGGCCAGGGGCCAGGGGAGAGGCCCAGAAACACUGGAGUGACUGUCUACAUCAGCCGGACAUAGCCCUGGAACGCUGGCACACCCUGACCAGCGAGCUGCCCCCAGCAGGGGCUUACCCUUUGGCCUGAGCAAGCAUCACAGGCCCCUUGGGGCCGGGUCCAGUACCCAACCUUCGCACGAGUGUGUUGCACGUUUACAUGGGGUGGGAUGCCCCUACCCCACACUACCUGUCUUAUUUUUGUGAGUCUCUGUGACUGUGGGUCUUUCUUCUUGUGAGGGACUGUGGAGAGCUAUAUUCACAUAUGCAAACUUUCUCCUGCCUGACUUGCUGUAACCUGCAAAUAUGCAACCACCCCAUGCACAGGGCCACGUGGGAGUCUUCUGCCAGUGCCCCACCCCAUCCUACAGCUCCUUUCUUGGCCUCUCCUGGCUGCCUGGUCCCCUGCCCCACAGGGAGGGGGUCGGAUUAGGGGAGAUUAGAGGACAUUUCCUAAUAGAGGAAAGGACAAAGAAAGAAAGAGCCAACUCUUUAAUACAGAGCCUUCAUUAAAUUGUCCCAGCCCUGCACAGCUGCUGCUCUUCAAAAGGGGCGGUCACCAUAGGUCUCUACCUCCCUAAGAUGUAGCAGACCCUUUUGGCCACCCAUUUAAAUAACUGUUCCCUGGAUGGGGCUGGGAUGUAAGGGCAGGACCCUGCCACCUUCCUCGGGGACAUUUGUGCAUGUUUACGCCUUUUCUGAUUGUGUCAGUGGCCAAAGCAUGGCAACUGGGCAUCAAUAAACAUCUCUUGAGGAA